CUCAGGAAAGAUGGUGAAACGCAGAGAGACAGAUGUGCAGUUCUAAACGUCCCGAUGUCUAAAUCGCCAGUGAAUAAUCACGCGAACGGCGGCCGAUAUGCGAGCGGGCAAUCGUGCGUAGCUUACAGGCGGGAUUGAGCGUUACGAUUUGAGAGAUUCGUCGUGAUCCGGGCAUCGCUCGUGGAUCCGUAAUCGCGGCACGAAGGUACGCGGAUAGAUGCAGAAUGUGCCUUUGUUUAUGGAGAUCAGCUGUGCUCCCCAAAACAUCUCGCGUCACCCUUUCCGUUUCGCGCGCUCUUCUUACAAUCAGCGACCCACGCUGCUAUUUUCGUCGGAUAAAGGUCAGCCGAAUUUUGCCGAAUGCAGGGACGAAGUGAUCGAGGAGCACGCGUGACGUUUUUUAUCGCACUGUUCGCAGAGAGCUCGAAAGAACUUUAUCGAAAAAAGAAAAAAAAUUAUGGAAAAAAGAGAAACCUGAUUCACCGUCUUAUGGUUGAAAGAGAGAGAGAGAGAGAGAGAGAGAGAGAGAGAGAGAGAGAGAAAGUCCAUUUCUUUGCAUUUUCCAAGAAUAGCACAAAUUAAGCUCUUGGUUUUUAAAUCGCAUUUUGCCUCGGAACAUCUUAAAACUUUGUUGUUUCUGUGUUGUUCUAGAGAAUCGACGUAUUUUGCAACGCACAAGGAGUUCAGGUUUCGCGCUGCAGGCAUUAUGCUUGUGAAGCAACCAUCAACUGGUAGCUAAUUAAAUUUUAUGACAUGAAAGAAUGAAACGAGAAACUGUCAUUACCAUUGUAGAGCCUGAUCGACGUGCGCAAACGAUGACGACGGUAUUGGACAGUAGCUAUCAACGUAUACAGCCUUACGAGGGGCAAGAGGAAGACGCGGACGAUGAAGACGAUCGUGAGGAGGCGCCUCAAGAAUCAGGUGUCAUCAUCCAUGUGGUACCGGAGGGUAACAAAGCACGAUGGAAUCACAUCGAAGACCUAGAUUCAUUCUUCACACGAAUGUAUCACUAUCAUCAGCAACAUGGCUUCGUCUGUAUGAUGCUCCAAGAAGUUUUGGAAUUACUGCAAUUCUUUUUUGUAGUCACAUUCGUUACCUACCUCUUUCACUGCAUCGAUUACAGUAAAUUAUAUAGUGGAAAUACCACCGAUAUCAUCAACAAAAGCGAUGCAAUAAUGUGCAUGGGAGAUUGUAUAAAGUCGAUCUCUUCAUUUUAUUGGAGUCUUCUCGUAGUCGCGACAAUUUUCUUUAUCCUCCAAUUCCUCAAAGUUUUGUAUCACCUAACGCAGUUCUGGGAGAUCAAAAUGUUCUUCAAUACAGCGCUUAAAAUCGCCGACAGCGAGCUAGACAAUUUUACGUGGCACGAAGUUCAGAAACGUGUGAUAGAAGUGCAGAAGGAGCAAGAGAUGUGCAUUCAUAAAAGAGAACUUACGGAAUUAGAUAUAUACCAUAGGAUAUUAAGACAUAAAAAUUAUAUGGUAGCUAUGAUCAACAAAUCACUCUUACCUGUACGACUCAAAGUCCCCAUUAUAGGUGAAGUCAUUUUUUUGACACGGGGUUUGAAAUAUAAUAUAGAAUUAUUACUAUUUUGGGGACCAUGGUCACCAUUCGAAAAUAAUUGGCAUCUAAAGGAAGAUUAUAAAAAGUUAAAUAAGAGGCAAGAACUCGCACGAUCAUUGUCUAAACAUAUUUUAUGGGUCGGUAUCGCAAAUUUCGUUCUGUGUUUCCUUAUUCUUCUAUGGCAGGUUCUUUAUACGUUUUUCAAUUACGCUGAAACUAUUAAACGAGAGCCAAGUGUUCUGGCGAUGCGGACGUGGUCCCUAUACGGUCGAUUGUACCUGCGACAUUUCAACGAACUCGAUCACGAAAUGAAUGCGCGUCUCAGUCGCGCGUACCGUCCUGCUUCGAAGUAUAUGAGCAGCUUCACGUCUCCAAUAAUGACAAUAGUCGCAAAGCACAUAGCGUUUAUCACUGGUAGCGUAUUGGCAGUGUUACUAGUUAUAACGUUAAUCUAUGAGCCAACAUUCUCGAUGGAACGUGUGGUUGCCUACAUGACCAUGUUAGGAGGAGUGGCAGCAUGCGCGAAGGCAAUUGUACCCGAUGAGAAUCUAGUUUGGUGUCCCGAGACUCUUCUAACUGCUGUGCUGGCCCACACGCAUUACAGACCGGAUAGUUGGCGAGGGACUGCUCAUACGCAUACCACUAGAGCCCAAGUAGCACAGUUAUUCCAAUAUCGCGCGGUGCAUCUGUUGGAAGAAUUGGUUUCUCCAUUCGUGACAACAUAUAUUUUGUGCUUCCGUAUGCGACACCGAGCCUUAGAGAUUGUAGACUUUUUUCGUAACUUCACGAUUGAAGUGGCUGGAGUCGGUGAUGUGUGUAGCUUCGCUCAGAUGGACGUACGUAGACACGGCAAUCCCAUGUGGCAGACUGUAGCGCACAGUCCCACGGUCUCUCCGCUGCCAGAGGAGAGACUGCAUCAUAGUGCAGGAUACGACAAUCAGUACGGCAUCGAUGCAGACAAGUACCACGUACCGAUGUCGAAUCAUUAUACCCAGGCCGAAGACGGCAAAACCGAAUUGUCCCUCAUACAUUUCACUCUGACGAAUCCUGAGUGGAAGCCGCCGUCCCAUGCGGAGAAUUUCGUAACUGCUUUGAGAGAAAGGGCUAAGAAGGAAGUAACUGCCGAUCCUGAUCCUUAUAACAAUCCCCUGAUAGCUAGUUUGAAUAGUCUGUCCGGUCUUGGCUACAGAGAUCAUGUGUCGAAUAUUAUUCGAAGUACGAUGAAUCAAGUGAGUGUACCUAGCAUGAGUAACAUUUUCACAAAUCAGCCGGGUACAUCAGCCACAUCAGUCGGCGUCGAUCAGUCGUUUGCCACAAGAUCUACCGUUCUACGUCGAGGUGUGUCCAGGACGGAAGGUCCAUUGCACAAUGAUAGAGGAUUCCUGUAUGAUUUGCAACAAGGUAUAUCAAAUCAGUCGCUAGGUGCUUCUGUAUUCGGAUCGGGCCACAGUUAUGUUAUGGAGACGCAUACAGAUCCGUAUGCACCUACAGAAUUAACCGCUGCCGAUAUGUCUUUGUCUACAUUGUACCUGCAUGAGCUUCAUCAUAGACAAGUAAGAAGAAGGGGUUACCAAGAAAUGGCAACGAGAAGUAUAUGGCAGCGAAGUCCCGUUCAAGAGCUAGCAACACUUCCCGAGGUUAGACAAGAAAGAAUACCUCUUCUGUUGCAUCAGGAUUCCUCUUUAAGGAAAAACAGAGAGUCCUAACACUAGAAAUUUCAUUUAAAUAGCAUCCGAUUCGCGCAAUAAUCAUCAUUUUUAGAGGAAUAAAGUGAUUUUUAUCUGUUUUAUUAUAUAACGAAUCCAUGAUUUAUUUUACAAUAAAUAAGUAGUCGCAAUAUCCGAGAGUGAAAUCGUUUGAACAUUCUCGGUGUUACAUAGAAGUUAUUAUGUCUUCUAAAUAUUUUACACAGAAUGCAGAGAGAGCUUGCUUCUUUCUCUCUUUUCCUCUCUCUUCUUUCUCUGUGUGGCCAACGAUCUAAUAAUGCCUAUUCUUAAUAUCAAAGGCCUAUUAAAAAGCUUACAUUUUAUAUGUAAAAUAUUCACACUUAAUAUUAUAUUUUAUAUUUUGACGUAAUGAGCAAAGCUCUAUAUAUAAAAAAGUACAAUUGAUUUAAAGGGUUAGAUCCAAUAUAGCAAGUAGAAAUUUCGACAUUUU